AUGCUCUGCGGGAUCAUCGGCCACUGCUUCGCCCAUGACCCGCCGUCACCGACAGCCGACGUCAAGCGCGCGCUGCGGCCUGGCCUCGGGACGAGCCUCUCGCACUUUGACCUCGCCAGCGACGACGCCAGCGGCCUAACGUCGGUCUCGGACGAGAAGGUGAUCGUCGAGCUACGCGUCGACACGCGGGGCGGGCCCAUGGACUUUGGCGUCGUGUUUCGCCGGUCGCCAUUGGGCAUCCAUUCGACGUACGCGUGCCAAGUCGACUCGGUGAACCCCAAGUCGAGCGCGAAGGAGGCCGGUGUCCAGCCCGGUGCUAUCUUGACGGACGUCGCGCUGCGAUCGAUGAAGACUGUCCCGUACGACGAGGUGCUGCAGAUUCUCGUGCAGCGGUCGAACCUCCAAGCGCCAGGCUCAUCGCUCCAGCUCGUGUUUGCCCAACGCGCCAAGACGAUCCAUCUGGACCGUAACGUCGACCACUUGACGCAGUUUCCGCAGCCGACCGGCCUCGCGCUGCCCGGUACGAACGAGUUUGUCAUGGACAAGAGCGAAGGCUCUGUGAGCGCCGCGUCCAUCUCGGCCACGCCGCAUGCGACCGACGCGUUCAAUGGUGACGCCCUCGAUGACGCGAGCCACGCCGUGUCCAUGACGCGAUUUUGGAUGUCGGACCAGCACGUCAAGGCGUGCUACGCGUGCGACCUGCCGUUCUCGUUCUGCCGCCGAAAGCACCACUGCCGGUCCUGCGGCCAGAUCUUUUGCUACCAGUGCUGCACGCGCCUCUCGGCGUCGUUCAAACCGCCACACGACGCGGCGCAGUACCUUCGGAAGCAGCUCGUGUGCCACCCCUCCGGCCGCGCACACGAGGCCACGGCCGCCAGCUCGCUCGUCGACGACGCGACCUCGAAUUUGGAGAAGAGCAAGGUCGACGUGCAGCUCUUUUCGAUGUUUCCGCGCGUCCAACUGGUGCCGAUGGCGGUGCCGGCGCCCAUCGUGGCCAACGUCAGCAACGAGUCGGCGUUUGCCGUGCCACUGCGCCGGCGCGCCGAGAGCGAGCCGAGUCUCUCGGCGAUCGUGCGCAAAUCGCAGGCGUCGUACCUCGCCGUGUCCAGCAACCACUCGGAGGGCCAGCGCCCGCGCUCCAACAGCCGCGAUGAUCUCUACACGUAUCGUCAACCGACGAACGUCGUCCGCAGCACGCGGUCAGCGACCGAGCUCAUGGUCGAGGCGCUCAUGCUGUCGUCGGUCGACCGGUCGUUGCCGUCGACGUCGCUGGCGCCGCCCGUGACAACGACACCGGCGCUCCUGCAUCACACGAGCUCGUCGGCGUCGCUGCUCUCGUUGACACCCAGCAUCCACCUCGGCCAUGCGUGCCAACUGGACGCGGACGUGCCCGGGCUCUUGGACGCGGUCGCUGCGACCAAGGCGGCCAUGAAGUCGGACGCAGACCAGUGGCUGCACGAGCGUAUUUUACAGCUGUGGGAGGCCUCGCCGGUGCUCACGCAGCUGCCGUACCUCGAGCAGAGUCGGUUUGUGGACCGUAUUUUCGAGUUUGCGACACGCGCCGCGGCCACGAUCGACGUUGGCGACUCGCUCGACAUUUUGCACUAUCUGCGCAUCAAGUGCUUUCCAGGCGGCCACGUCAGCGACAGCUUCUUCGUGCACGGCGUGCUCUGCCACAAGGCGGUCGCGCGCAAGUCGAUGCGCCAGUGGAUCGACACGCCGCGGCUGCUUCUCGUCGCGUCGGCGCUCGACUACCAGCGCGAGAAGGAGAAGCUCUCGAGCCUCGAGAGUGUAGCGGGCCAAGAAACCGAGUACAUGCGCAUCGCGGUCGAGAAGAUUCGAACGCUGCGCCCCGACAUUGUGCUCUUCCAAGGCCACGUGCACCGGGUCGCCGAAGAGCUCUUGGCGAGCAGCGGCAUCGUCAUUGUCAAGAACCUCAAGCGCGCGGACCUCGAGCGGCUCUCGCUCGUCACGGGUGCCGCGCUCCUUACGUCGUACGACCACGUCGACAAGCUAUUUGGUGCGUCCGUUCUCGGAACGUGCGAUCGGUUCCGCGUUUGGAGCAGCGAAGUGCCCAAGAUGCACGCCGACGACGUCAGUGUGCUGCCGAGCCACCUCGCGACGACGCACGUGACGACGGCGCUCCGGGGCGCCAAGCACCUCGCGCCCAUCGCCCGCAAGCGCACCAAGAAACAGUGCAUCGUGUUUGAAGGCGGCGCGUACGCCAAGGGCUGCACGAUCGCGCUCCGGGGCGCCGCUGAAAACGUGCUCAAGGAAGUUCGCUCGAUCUUGCGCAACGUUGUCCGAACGGCGUACCACGUGCGACUCCAGACCGUGGUGCUCGCAACGUCCGGGCUCGUGCCGCCGGUCGAGGUCACGGCCGACUUCCGACACGAGUGGUUCCACGCGUCGAGCUCGAUGUACUUGGCGCUCAACGACCACUCGCUCUCGCUCCGCGCGGCGCUCAAGGAGUCGCAGAUGCGCUGCCGCCAUUGCAAGCGGCUCUCGAGUCGCCGCACGAACGGCAUUGCCACCGGCAUGGACAACCUCGUGUCGCGCCGCCGACGGAGCUCCGAGUCCGGCCGCAUGGUCAAGAAGCCCGUCCUCAUUAGCGCGUGCCGGUGCCCGAGUGACGUGCACGGCGCCAACCGGGACACGCUCGUGCUCUCGGCGUGCUGGAGCCGCCUCGACGACCAGAGUCCGUCGCCGUCCGAGCUCAUGGAGAUUGCGUUCUACACGGACGCCGACUGCACGCUCGGGCAGUUUCUGCACUUGUACUGCUUUGAGUCUGCGUCGACGCCGUUCAAAACGGCGUUUAAAACGCAGCGGCUCUCGUUCUCGCAUGACCUGGGGCGCGUGCUCAUUUCCGUGUCGCCGACGACUACGAAGGGCAAGGCGCGGGGCCCGGGCCAAGAGCUGCUCGAGAUGUUCAACUUUGCGACGCGCGUCGUGCAGAGUCCGACGCCGCUCAUGUGGGUCGCGACCGAAGCGUCGCCGUCGCCGAUCUACACGGCCGUGCCGCCCGAGAUGCUCCACUACUCGUUUGGCAAGUACCUCGAAGACCUCUUGUAUCUGCAGCCACUCUCGCACGACGCGCGCUUCUUCCCGCACCUCCCGCACGCCCGGGACCCGAGUUUACUCCGGUACUUUGCGUGCGCCGACGUGAUUGUGUGCAUAUCGGUCGAGCCGAUCCACCCGGUGCUGCACGUGGCGAUGCGUCCCGGGCUCUACGACGUCGACGACCAGCGCUGCAGCAUCGAUGCGACCGACAUUGAGGAGCUCGUGCUCGUCGCCAACAGCGUCUUGGACGUGACGCUCACCAAGGUGCAGGCGACGCUCGACGACCUCGUCGCGAUUGGCGAGAAGAAGCACUUGGACUCGCACGCGUGGCCGUUGGAGCGGCUCCAGGAGAUUGAAAACAUGGGCCAGAUUGCGCGGCAUUGGCACAUUAUGUACACGACGCAGGUGCGCCGGCAGCCGCCGGCCGACGUCUUUGCCAAGCACGCGCUCUUCCGCAAGGCGUACGAGCGCGCGGCGCGCUUCUGCGUCGAAUUGCGCCAAGCCUCGAACAAAGUGACGUUCAAGCAAACCGAAGUCGUCGACGACCCGCCGCCGAUGACGCUGCCGAUGCAGUGGUUUGAUAUUCUGUCGACGCAACUGCAGCAAGAGCCAGCGCCGUCGUCGGCCUUUGGCAUUCCACUGCCGCCCCCGCACGCGUUUGCGAGUCAGCACAAGUCACCGCCGAUGGAGAUUCACCGACCGCCGAUCGACUCGGCGGCCGGGCAGCGCGAUUUCGUGUCGCGUCUCACGACGGACGGCGGCAUGGCCGCCAAUAGCGUCAGCAGCAUCCUCUCGACGUACGGUCCGGACGUGGCGUUCCCAGACGACUUGAACUACAUGGUCGACAUCGAAGGCAGUCACGACGGGUCCACGCUCUCGUCGCAGUCGCUCAACCGGACCCAAGUCGUCGGGUCGAACGCGCUUUUAAAAAAGUCGAGCACGUCGUCGGGGGACCAGUCGCACCUCUUCGUGCUACCCAAAAGCAUCCUGAGCUGGCACCCGAGCUUGCCGCGGGGUAUGGACCAAACCGUCGUGCUCGUCAACGCCAGCCAGCCGACGUCGGCGGUCGCGUACUCGCUCUGCUCGAAAGAGUACAGCCAGCAGCUCAACGAGUGGUUUGCCAAGCAAGACCCGCCCGUGCUGCUGUGCCUCGACUCGAAUGGCGGCGGCAUGCUCCGCGCGCUCAAGUCGGACAAGCGCUCGAACGUCGACCACCUCUUUGUGGACGAGAACGAGUUUCAGGCCGCGACCAAGUUUAGCUGCAAGUCGUACUACGCGUCGCAGUUUUACGCGCUCCGGCAGCUGCUCUACAAGGACGAACGCAAGUACAUCGAGUCGAUGUGUCAGUGCGAGCACUGGAACGCGAGCGGCGGCAAGUCGGGUGCCGGCUUUAUGCGCACCAAGGACCAGCGCUUCAUCUGCAAAGUCAUUCCGUCCAAUCAGCUCACGAUGUUUCUCAACAUGGCCUCGAGCUACUUUGAGUACAUGGCCACGUCGAUCGAAGAGAACUUGCCGAGCAUGCUGGGCAAGAUUGUCGGCGUCUACCGCAUCACGAUGACGGAGACGACCGAGACGGCGCUGUGCUUGCUCGUCAUGGAAAACCUCGUGUACGGACGGCAAGUGGACCACCUCUUUGACCUCAAGGGCAAGCUCGAAGGCCGGUUCAUGGAGCACACGGACCACCAAGUGCUGUGGGACCGCAACUUUGUCAAGAUGACGAAAGGGAUUCCGCUGCCGAUGCAAGAGUCGGCGAUGGGUCUCCUCAAAUCCGCCAUCUUCCACGACACGGCGUUCCUCGCGAGCCAGGACGUGACCGACUACUCGCUCCUCGUCGGCUACGACCACGACAAGCAAGAAAUCGUUGCUGGCAUCAUCGACUACAUUGCCAAGUACGACUUUCUCAAGCGCCUCGAGCACCAUGGCAAGCGGCUGCUCCAGGACGAAGGCGAGAUCACCGUCCUCAACCCCAAGCAGUACACGAAGCGGUUCCGCACCGCGAUGGCCAAGUACUUUACCGCCGUGCCGUCGCGCUACACGCUCGCGACGCGCGCCGAGUCGGCCGUCGACGACGACACCAAGGCGGCGGCCUCGUAG